AUGUUGCCUAUGAUGUUGAAACCCAUCAAAGCUAUUUCACUAUUAGUGAUACGAUUGUUCGUCCAUAAAGAUUUUCAUGAACUUGCUCGAAGGAUGACUGUUUUGGAUAUCUAUCUGUUCUUGGUAACUAUUUUCGUUUUUAAUAAUUUUCUAUGGCGCAUUUCAAGUUUUAUUGCACCUUUUUUUAACCAUCAACGAUAUAACUUAUACAAAGUCGGAAAAACUACUUCAAUCGAAGUUCAGAGCAAUCCUAAGGAUUGCCUGUACCGAACUCCUGAUGAAAAGUAUACAGAUCCAUUCGAUGAGACCUUCUUUGAUAGAAAUGUCCAUCCUGUUGACCAAUAUGAAACGUUGUUGAAACUUGAACCUUUGGUUGUUGCUACAAAACCUGGCAAGCAACUCAACGUGAUUGCAGCUUCUUAGAUUCAAUUCGUGGUUCAUAACUGAAUGGAUCAUUUGGAAGAUACUAAACAGGUUGAAUUGAUGACUCCACCUGAAGUUGCAAAAGAUUGUUCUUUGAAAUCAUUCAAAUUCUUGAAGACAAAAGAGAAUCCACCGAACCUUUUUGAUAAUAGAAGUGGAUCUAUUGACAUUAGAACAUCUUGGUGGGAUGGAAGUGUUUUGUAUGGAAGCAAUGAAGAAAAGUUGAAGAAGGUAAGAACUUAUAAAGAUGGGAAACUAAGGAUGGAGGACGACAACCUUCUUCCUCAUGACAAAGAUGGUAUUACCAUCUCCGGCGAUGUUAGAAAUAGUUGGGCCGGUGUCUCUACUUUGCAAGCCAUUUUUAUUAAAGAACAUAAUGCCGUUUGUGAUGCUCUAAAGAAAAAAAAAUGCGAUCUCAAGGAUGAAGAAUUGUAUAGAUGAGCAUGACUUGUUACUUCUGCCGUAAUUGCUAAAGUUCAUACCAUGGAUUCGACAAUACAAUUGAUCAUUACCGUUGUUUUUUUAAUUCUAAAAAGGUAUGGAUUAUUGGGAAAGAAAUUCAAAGACAAAUUUGGAGAAGUUGGAGGAUCUAUAUUGGAAGGCUAAUUAGUUGGUUUGAAAAAACCAAAUAAUCACGGUGUUACCUAUUCCUUUACUGAAUAAUUCACCGGCGUGUAUCGGCACCAACUCCUACUUGAUUCUUUCUACUUGAGAGAUGUCACAGUUGAUCCCGAUCACAACAAAAUCUCCACCAUUAUUGAAUACGUGCCAAUGGCGAAUAUGAUAGGGCACAAAGGAGAGAUGGGCUUCACGGCCCUAUUAGUUUCAAUGGGCCACCAAGCAAGUGGAGCUCUUGAGUAGCUGUUUAACUAUCCAUUGUGGCUUAGGAAUCUCAUAGCCCACGACAUGGAAAACAAGGAUAGGCCCGAUCACAUUGACCUUGCAGCUCUUGAAGUUUAUAGGGACAGAGAAAGGAGAGUUGUUAGGUACAAUGACUUCCAUAGGGGAUUGUUUCUCAUUCCAAUCUCCAAGUGGGAAGAUCUAACUGACAAAAAGACGAUUGAAGUACUUCGUGAAGUGUAUGAUGAUGAUAUGGAGAAACUUGGUAUUCUGGUGGGGUUGAUGGCAGAGAAGAAAAUCAAAGGUUUUGCUAUUAAUGAGACUGCUUUCAUCUCUUUCUUGCUUAUUGCUUUAAGAAGCAGAGAUAGCUUCUUCACAUGCUAUUACAAUGAAGAAACAUGCACCAAGAAGGGAUUGGAAUGGGUAAAAACAACGAAAGAUAUUAUAAAGAGGCAUCACAAAAAAUGGAUCAACUUGUCGAGUGCUUUCCGUGUUUGGGAUUCUCCUCCCAACAAGUCUAACCAUGUUCCUCUUUACCUUCGUAUUCUUCAUCGAGUACUCUUUUUCUUUUUUCAACCAUAUGCAUGGUCGUGUUAUUGUCGUGUUUUCUUUUAUUUUUCUUUCAUGUUCUUAGCGUGAUAUUUUGACUUUGAUGAUUUUCACAACUUUAACUCACUAUAACUUGUUUGUGUAUAAGACAAACUAUUGAACAUCUAGUCCGUUAGAGGUU